UCGAAAGCGGAAUCGCAACGGAUCGCAGCAGAACGGAUUGUAUUUGAGUUAUAGUAGCUAUAGGAUCACACACAUAAUUCCCACUGUUCAGACCACUUGGCGGCCACAAUUGCCGCUGCCCAAGGAGCUGCAGCUAACAGAUGAACGGCAUAACGACACGAAAGUGAUAUCCACCAAAGCGGACAUCCAUUAUACCCAGAAUUACGACGAUAAUUAUCAGCCAGCAGCAGCAGCCGCAGCCGCAGCAGCAGAAGGGGAGGAUCAGGAGCAGAUGGAACGAUUGAGGGGCAAUCAUGGUGGGAGCAUUGGAGGCUCCUCCCAGCAGUUGUCCCACAAACAGAAAUGGUCCUUUGGCCGGCUAUUUCGAGGCAAGAAAAAGGAUGCAGCAGAGUGCAGUCCAUCGUCCAGUGAGGAGGAUCGCAAGGCCGGAUUUGUGCCCUCGCAACGACAGUCGACGGGCAGUGGAAAGCCCAAAGGAAAGCCUGGGAAAUCCUCUGCCACCAGAGGCAGCAGCAGCAGAUACGAGGAGCAGGCGCCGCCACCGCCACCACCACAUCCCCCGCAGUCCAUAGAUCAUGAGUUUUUUCUGCCAGUGGAAACGAUACAGCAACAGCCGGAGCCGUACUACCAAAAUCAGCCAGGCCCGGGCUACUACCAUCGAUCGAUGAGCAAUUCCCUGGACAGACGUGGGCUCAUGCAACAGCAUACGCAGCCACAUGGGCCCCAUGGCCAAAUGGGGGCUAAGUCGCGCUCGGCUCAAAGGAAACCCCCUGGGGCGCAUCACUCCAGCGCUGAGGAGGAGCUGAUCUCAUUGAACUCUUCGACCUUCUCCAAAUACCGCAGCGACGAGAGCAUCCACAGUGGGGGACAGGCCCUGAUGCAGGGCCACUCCACUCAGUCCCAGUGCCAGAACAGUCGCCGCAGUCGUGCGGCACGCAACGAACGCUACUACAAGCGCCUCUCACGCGACGGAGAGCAGAGCCAUGGCGGUGUGCCACCGCUGCCCAAUCCGCAACGCUACAAAACGCAGCCACUGCCGCUGUCCAUCUACCAGCCGAGUGCCGCGUAUGUCCAGUGGCAGCCGCAACAGCAACAGCAGCAGCAGCAGCCGAAGCCACCGCUGCAGAACACGAUCCAGAACGAUGGCAAGCGAAGCAUCAGCUACGACAGUCACAUCCAUUUGCAGAAUGUGAAUGGCAGGAUGCAGAGCAAGCCACUGCCGCCGCCACCGCCGCCACGAGAUCCACUGAGACGUGUGCAUGCCGUGGGCUCCAGUUCGGGCGAUUUGCGUCCCGUUUCCUAUGCCUUUGAUCACAGCGGCAGGUGUGUGUCCGACGACAGGAUUUGGCAGCCGGCGCCGCACUAUCAGUCUGUGCAUUCACUGAACUCUCAGCCCGGCUCCUCGAUAGCCAGUGCGCCGCCUGUGAGCCAGCAGCAGCAGCACCAGCAGCAUCAUCGUCGGUUCAUCACACGUUCGGAGCGGAAUGCCAAUCCUGGCAAGCAAUCCCUGCCAAAUGGCAUCGAUUUCCACUAUGUGGCAGAUGCCACACCGCGCUCCCGCAAGCCCAUACACAUGAUGGAGGCAGACAAGCAGGAGGCAACACCACCCUCCAGUGGGAUGCUAAGGACCUCAAAGAGUGGACUACCCACAGCAACAGCAGCAGCUGCACAGCAGCCCAUCGUGAAGCCCCGCUCCAUGUCCAGCUCCCGAUUGAGCGAACUGCGUGGAGGAUAUCCCAUGCCCAUGUAUUCGGAGGUGCUGAAACCCAAGCGAACCCAAGCAGCCCCUGCUGCCCCGGCCAAUCCGCUGCCGGAUCAGGAUACGGUGGUGUGUGGCAGUCUGCAGAUUAAGCCAAACUAUGUGGAAAUCAGGCAUCGAGAUGUCCACAAGACCAACUCCAUGCCGCAUCAUUAUCAGCGUAGAUCUGGCGAGGAUUUGCCCAACAAAUACGAGGAAUAUGUGGCCGAAAAGCGAGAGCAACACCAACAGGCACCGCCACCCGUCUAUCCCGAACGAAAGCCGAGCCUGCCCGCUGCCACGGCGCCUCUGUACUUCCCACGCAAAAAGCCUGCCAAUUUGGAGGAGGCCAUCAAUGAGCUGGAGGCCAUCUACAAGAGUCUGGGACUCACGGAGCCGCAGGAAAGCAAAGCAGAAAUGCCAGAGGCUCAUCGAAAGAUGCCCGAGAUGCCGGAGACUUCAGCCACGCCAAAGAUGCGGGUACCCACGCCCAGUGACUUUGAGAAGUUCGCACUGGCCCAUGCGGAUGAGUACGAUGAUGAGGAUUCGCCGACAGGCGAGCCAGAUCCUGUCAGGGACGAUGUGGCCUACAGGAACCUGCAGCUGGCGAAUCUGCAGCAUCAUCGGUCGACGGAGAGGCAGCCACCGUUUGGCAUACCCGUGGGUCCCAUUGUGCCCGCCCCCCAGUCCGAUUAUCUGCACGUGGAGCCCAUUCGAGUGAUCAAAAAGAAGAAGAGCACCUCGCCGGACAUCGUGAAGGACGAUCUGGCGGUGCGCGCCCUGCGCAAAGAUCCGCCGGGACCCAAAUCGAGCUUCCACUAUCCCAUGCAAAAGAAGCAGCGGGCCACACGAACGCAGUCCGCGAAUAUCUACAAUCUGAUCCAUCGCGAUGCCGCGAAGCCUUCGGGUGGGGAUCUUAGGAGCUACAUGGAGCUCACCAAAAGCAUUGAGCGGGCGGGCAGCAUGUCGAAUCUUCAGGCGGAGGCCACCAAUGACAUACCAGCCACACUGGAUCUGCUGCGGAAGCUGAAAGCCCAGGAUGAGGAGAUGGAAGCGGUGCAAAAGAAAGCCCAUGGCAUACCCUUUCGUCAUCCCAGUCAGGGCGGAGCCAUUGCCCAUCUGCCCGAGCGUUUGAACAUCAAGGAGGAACCCGCCCCGAAGGCACCGCCUGUGGCAGCGCCCAGGAAGAGUCUCACGCCCGAACCGCAUCUGGACGAUGCCCUCAACAAAAUUGCGCAGGAUGCCCAGGCGAGCAGCAUUAAGCUGAGCCAAGAGCUGCAUGAACUUCGCAGGGAGGCAUUGAUUACGGCGGCGAGACCCAAACUGAAUGCCGAGCAGCAGAAACUGGAGAAUGAGCUGCAGGAGAUCGAUGCCGUGUCCAAGGCGGCCAAGAGAUGCGGCCAAAUGCUGCUGGACAACCUGCCCGAUGCGGGCCCGGAGGCGGAAUAUCAAAUGCAACCCCAAAGGAAACUCCACAAGGAGGGCAAACUGAUACGCGCCAUCGAUGAGGUCUCCGAGGCGGCAAAUGCCGUGUGCGAGAAGAUCCUGAAGGAUAUUGUGACGACCGAGCCACCCGUGAUAGUCCAUGAGGCGCGGCAGGUGAAGCAGCCCACAGGCGGAGCCCAGGGCGAGCAACUGGUGAUGCCGAAUCUCAUCAAGAAACUGGAUCCCAUACAGUCGGAAAAGAUGGAGCAUAUUGCACGCCGCUGCAUGCGUCAGCUGAGCGAAUUGGCGGAGGCCCCCCAACCGGACUACGAUAAUCUGCCGGCUGCCUGUAAUAUGAACGCUGCACCAGCUACCGAGGCAGCUGGGGCUGAUGCCACUCUCAUUUCUACCGUUCCAGAGACGCUCGAGGAGAUUGACAAAAUAAUGCAGGAGUGUGAGCGUCAGGCGAAGGGAAGCACUGCCGGAUCCGGCUCCACCACCGAUGAUCAACGCACCACUGCCCCCAGCAUAACGAGUGGCAGCAACUGUCACAACAGCCACAGCAACAGUCACAGUGGAGGUGGCAGCAGCUGUCCACCGAAUGUGAGCACCACAGCGAGCUCCUUUAGCAGCAGCAGCGAUUGCUUGGCCAAAUCAUCGAGUCCCUCGAAUGCCAGUCGCCUGCUGUCCUCAAGCAUUACCUCCUUCAAUCCGUACUCCUCGAGCGACUACAUCAAGUCACAGAGCAGCGAGUAUCAUGCACCCAGCACCGAUCCCAUCAAGACAUUCAGCACCACAUCGUACGAUGUGCAGUCCACCACAGCGAAUAACACCACAAAUAGCACCAUGAGCACCACCAGUAAUACGAAUGCUGCGACUACGAUCAGCAGUUGCACCACAAAUCCGCGUGAGACGAAUGCGGAGACAACCGCCUCGUGCUCCUCGGUGUCGCCGCAGCCGCUGCAGCUGACGCCCGUGCGUGGCAACUCCUCAUCGCCAUCGCAGUACAACUCCAGCGAAGAGCUGGCUGCCAUUUUUGGCAUUGAAGAGCAGCCCAAACAGAGAAAGCAGCAGAGACAGCAGCAGCACACAGGUAAAGGAGUUGCCCAAGGAUCGCCCGCAGCCAGAGCCUACACAGCCUCCACAGCCUCCACAGCCUCCACAGCCUCCGCCUCCGCAUCCGCCACUACUAAUGCUCCCGCUAUGUCCCCAGCAGCAGCUACUACCUCCUCCGCUACUAAUCGAGUUUUGAAUGUUGCAAGCGAUGUUACUACUAGCCCCACAUCCUCCUCACACACAUCCUCUAAUGAUAGUGCUAGCAAUUGUAGUAGUAUUUGUAGUUAUAAGCUAGAAACGAUACCAGAACAGGAGCAGGAUGUGGAUCAGGACCUGGAACUGGAGGAGGACACCUCCCUGAAGCUAUCGCCCAACUUUAAUCGCAUCUACGCGAGCAAAAUCCGCAUUGUGAUGGACGAAGAGCAGCCCUUGGUCCAGGAAGAAAAGGAGGCUUCGCUUGCAGAGGCAACUGUUGGAGUGGAAACGCACUUUGAUUCAUUGAGUUCCCUAGAGGAAGAGGUCUCUUCCAACCCGGACUCUGGCAAUGUGAGUCUCACCGACUAUCCAUUGUGCGGGAGUCACAACCACCAUGCCAAUGCCUCACUGGAACUGCAGACCAGCUACAACAGUCGCUUUGAGGUGCGGGAACACUAUGUCUCAGAGGUGUCCAUCAGUGCGUCAGAAGAAGAAUCCUCCACCGAUGGAGAGGAGCAAACGGAUACGGAAAGAACAGAGAGAGGUAGAGAUCUGGAUGCCAGCGUGGAUGGUUUUCCACGUUUGCCCACAGAAGAAGAGCUGCUAGAGAGCCUGAGAGAGGAACUAGAACUUAACGAAAGAGCUGCGGAAGAUGUAGAAGUUUCUAAAGAAUUUUGUGGGGAAAUGCAGCUGAGAAUCGAGGAAGAUGCCCUCUCAGAUGACAGUCUUGGGGAAGAAAUUGCAAUUGAUGUGGAAAUUAGUUCAAGCGAAAUAACAGAUAACGAAGAAUCAGAAGAUUGUCUGGAAAGCCAUGUCAAACUUGACGAAACUGUUAGUCUUAGCGAAGAGGUUUAUAAACUGGCGAGUGAGACUUUAAAGAUACAUGAAAAUCACGACGAAGAACAACUUGACGAAAGAAAACUUAACGAAUAUAAACUUAACGGAACAAAACUCGACGAAGAACAACACGAUGACAGAAAACUUGACGAAGAACAACUUGACGAAAGAAAUCUUAACGAAACUUUACUAAAUGAAUGUAGAUUUGUGUUAGAAGAGGUAGAAUUUAGCUUGCAAGAAACUGAAGAAAUACUGGAUCAGAUAGAACCUAACGAAACCGAAUUUAACGAAAGCCUGGACGAAUGCGACGCUCUCAUGCAGUUCCCACGCCGCAAGAGCAUCGUUUACGAGACCCCUGCACUUAAUCUGAGCAUUUCCGAGGUGAAACUCAAUUAUGAAACCAAAGUGGGAGAUGAAAUGGAAGCACCAGUAGCCAAUGAAGCCAACCAAUCGAUGGACAGCAAGAACGACAGCGACAACGAUGAUGAUAUACCAAUUAACGAUACUUCAGCACGUAAUGAGGUGGAACCGCAGGAGAAGCAGGGCAAGAGCAGUGGCGAUGUAAGUGAGACGCGCAAAGGACUUCCGGCGGCGGCCGUGGUGGAGGAGGAGGAGCAGCAGCCAACCACCAGCUCCAAGGCGCUCUCUGUGUUUGGCGAAGUACGCACUGUGGCACCAGCAGCAGGAGCAGGAGCAGCUGCAGCAGCAGUUGGUGGCGCCGCGGCACGAGGCGGUUGGACAACACUCGAGCACGUAUUUGUCGCCUGCACCGUGGGCCUGAUUACACCCAACGAUUUGCUCACUUUGUGCCUCAUUGUAAUUGGUGUGAUUAUCAUUAUUGCAAUUGCUCUCGCUGCCUGAGAGAUGUGAUCAUUUCCACAUGCACACACACACACACACACACACACAAAUUGAAUGUGUGACUGUCACACGUUACUGUUAUUUGUUGUUGUAAUUGUGCAGAAAUUAUGGAAAUAAUUAUUGAGUUAUUGGAUUAAUUUUUCUAAGUCUGUAUAUGCUAUAUGCCGCCACAAAGUGCACUUACAAAAUGUCCAUUUAUUAUAAAUAUCUAAAGAAUUAUGUUUUAGUUUAAGUUGAACCAAAAGUAUUCUAUUUCUCAGAUAAGUUGUACAAUUUAUUACGUUUCGAAACACUGUGCAAAAUAUAUAUAUAUUUUUUUUUUGUUCCAUUCAUCAAACUGCUCUCCUUAACAGUGGCAAAAAAAAAAUGUUUAAUUUCUUUUAACAGCAAUUUCCUUUGUUUUCUGACUUUAUUAAUUGUUAAUUUUGACUGCAACUUGUGCCAAUGAUUUUUUUUAUUUUAUAUGUAUGUUUACCAUUAAUUAUGCUCUUAAUUAAAUAAUUAAUUUAACCACAUUAUGUACACUCUCCAUUUUUAAAUGUUUAAGCAACUGAAACGCAAAAGAAAUUGCGAUACAAAAUACUAAUCAUGACAUCUAUUCUCUCUAUAAAUCUCUUUGUAUAUUUUCAGCUCAAAAUUUAUUAGUUUAAGUUGUUCUUGUCAACGAAACAUUUACGUAGAAUUCAUUUUUCGGUAUAAUUUUAAAUGUUUAUAAAUAUAUGAUUUAACCAGAGAUACAAACGGAUGCGCAGAAGCCAUGAAGCAAAUAUAUUAUUAUUAUUAUUAAUAAAAAUGUUACAAAAACCAAAACCAUAUUUACUCCAAAA